CAUAGUUCAGUAAUGAAAAUCAUCUCUUUCUCUCUCUCCCUCCUUCAUAGUUAGGGCUUCCAAUUGCCAACCAACAUAGCAGUCACACAGAACUACAAUGGUCAGCGAACAACAAUCGGAGUCACUGAUGUCGCUUCUUAACGCCGGCGAACAUCGCCCGUUGGAUGAAAUCGUUUCCGAUUUCAACUCCAAGUUUCCUGGCCUCCUCCGUUUCGUUCUCUGCUCUUCCCUCUCCCUUCUCUUGGAGAACAAAAAGAUGCUUAGACCGACGCAGCGUUUGGUUGCACUUGCGAUUCUUCACCAGAAUUAUUCCUCUCAGAAGCCUUCUUCGAAUCCAUUCAUUUCUUUACUUGUAAAUGCUGCUUGUGAUGAGGAAGCUGAAAUUUGUGAAAGGGCAUUUAUUAUUCAACUUUUGGGCUCCAACAAUUCUGUUCUCAAACUGUCUGCUGCAGAUUUCAUCAAAAGUUUUGAUCCAUCAUCACUCGCUCUCCCACAGCGUGAGCAGUUGCAGAAGCAGUAUUGUAAUAUAGCUCAUCCAGAAUCAUUUAAUUGCUUAUUCAAGAAUGCUUGCGUGAAAAAUGUUGUACCAGACCCUGAUCUUCCCCCCGGUUGUGACCAAAAUUCACAAGAAUUUGAACUGCAGCCUGGAGUUAAACCUAAAAUUGGGUCUGGAGACAGAGAUCAAAUGAUCACAGGAUUAUUGCAGAAUUUGUCUCUGGAAGGUCUAGGUCCUCGGUGGAUCAGGCCUCUUCCCCCAAGGCUCCCAAUACAGGAGGGAGAGCUUGUGUGGCUUAACCCCGCCAAUAAGCAUGAGCUUUUAUGGGACUACGGAAUGUGUGCCGAUACCAGCAGAGGGGCUGCAGUUAGAGAUCUAAUUACAAAAGCUUUGAAGGGGCCACUUGGCCCUGCUCAACAAGAGCAAGUCCUGGUUGAGUUGACAAAUGACCCCAAGCUUGUUUAUCAUUGUGGAUUGACACCAAGAAAGCUUCCGGAACUUGUGGAGAACAAUCCCCUUAUUGCAGUUGAGGUGCUCAUUAAGUUGAUGAAUUCACCUGAAAUUUCAGAAUACUUCACUGUUCUUGUGAAUAUGGAUAUGAGUCUACAUUCAAUGGAAGUUGUGAAUAGGCUUACCACAGCUGUUGAGCUUCCUACAGAGUUUGUGCACUUGUACAUAACAAAUUGCAUAUCAUCCUGCGAGAACAUCAAGGAUAAAUAUAUGCAGAACAGACUUGUGAGGCUUGUCUGUGUUUUCUUACAGAGCCUAAUCAGAAACAAUAUUAUCAAUGGUAUAAGGGGCUGCUGUUUCAGCGGUAAAACUUUUUUAGAGCAGCUACUUUGUGCAUAUAUUGCCAAAGGUUAGGUUUGUCUCCAGUCCUACCCCGCCAUACCUCCAUUGAUUGGACUGUUAUUGUUGUAUUUUUCGUAUGGUCGUGCAACAUUCUUUUGACAAUUUCUGGAAGCACAAUCCGCAGCCAUUUUAUUUUACAGAUUGGUUGCUCAUGCUACUUUUCCUUGUACAAUUCCAGCUUUUUAUUGUUAUCAUUUCCUUGCUGAAGCUACUAUGAUUCUGUUACGCAUUUGUAAUUUUUAAUCAUUGAGUUGGAUGCUUAUACUCUACAAACUUUUUGUUGAAGAUUGAAAGUACGAUUAUUUGCUUGGGGUUUUGUUAAUUUCCCUUCUCUGAGUCUGGGCUGGAUAGUAGGAAGAAAUGGGUAUGUGCGCGCGCGCGCACACACACACAGAGAUGGAGUUCUCUGUUGUACACUGACCAGGGAUGGAGCGCGUUGAUUGUACAGGGGUCAACUGACUCCACUCGCAUUGAAAUGUUGCCGGAGUUAAUAUUUUUUUUCGAACCUCCUUGUACUAUUUUGACCCCAGUAUCCAAAAUAUCUGGCCCUGUCACCAGGGGAAAGGAAAGCCUGCCAUAGAGCAAUCAACUAGAAGUAGAAGAUUGAUGGCUUGAGGGAACCUGGCCUCUCGGGAAACAUCACCCGAUGCCUUGCUACAGAGAGAGCAUAUCACCAAGGGGCAAGGGGACAUCCUAGCCUGGUAAACUUGACAUUCGUAUUUAGACCUGCUCACUCCAAUUCUUUUAUGAGCAAUGACACGAAAUUCCUGCGACUACUCCUACAAUUGGGGUAUGACAAGCAGGCGCAGCGUGCCCCAGGGGUUGAGAAAAUCGUCCAUGAUCUUUGACUAUCUGCUAUUGAGCAUUGCGGGCUUAGAACUGGCUCCUCGAAUAUAUACUUGCCUUAGUAGAGAAAAUAUAUAUACCUUACAAGAUCUUAUAAUAGCAAGACAAACGUAGGAGCUUGUGGAGAGCCUUAAUUUUGUCAGUGAGCUCCGUGCUGAUGGCAACAGUUGGAAUGAGAACCUGCUUUUAGAAUGCUUCCUGGUUUUUUUAGUUCAUAAUUGCAUUAUCCAUGGCCCAAUUUCCCAUCCUUCUAUGGGUGACCAUUUGGUGUGAAUGAGAAUUCCUUCUGGUCGUGUAUCUACCACAACCUGCAUAUGAGGUGGCAAGUGAAGGUAUGGGUGGAUAUUAUAAUGAAGAAGGGACCACCCUUUGUGCUUGAACCCGCCGUGCCCUUUGGUUGGAUAUGUUUAAAGCUUUGUUCCUGACCUCCUCCUCCAGCUUACAUUCAAGACUCCUAUAAUUAUUAUUGUUUAUGUAACAGAGAUAUGAUAAAUAUCUCUCUAUCUUAUACUUAGGAGACGAACAAGGAAGCUAUAAGUCUUGUACAUAGAAAAUGAGACUCAAUCUUUUUACUGCGAAUUUAUAAGUUGUUUCUUUCACUCGGCCCAACUCCUGCGCAAUAAUACUUCCAGACGAGUUAAAGUCUACGGAUCUUAUUCAAUUUAUACAGAUGAUGUUCAGGUUCGAUGAACUUCUUGAUUUAAAAAAAAAAGAAAACAUAUGCUUGCAUAUUCGUCCAUACUUUCAAUAUCUCCUUUUGAUUCAUUUUUAUCAUUUUUGGCAUAAAUGCCUCCCCCGGGGCCC